AUGCUGGAUCUGGUUCGUGGCUCAAAAGAGUUGGAAAUCGUCCUAAAUCAUACCACAACAGCCUGGGAAGAAGUUACCACAAGGGGCACACCAACGACUGAACAAUUAGCACGAUUAAAACUUGCCAUUAAACUGCGACAAAAAAGGUUUGUGGCUCACCCGAAUUGUCAACAACUUCUUUCCGGUCUCUGGUAUGAGGGUUUGCCCGGGUUUAGAAACAGGAAUAUUGUUUACAAGUCACUAUCAACAAGAAAGCUGAGGAAAAGUCGAGAUACAUUAGCUGAGAAUCAAGAAAAGCUUUGA